UCAGAACGCAUCACUCUGAUAAAACCAUAUUUUGCUAUCUGAGCCUCGACAUAUUUUUUUGGUGAAAUCUCAGGCUCAGCGUGCCUUUAUGACACAAAAAGUGUAUAGCGCAUCAUUACCUUACGGGUCCGCUCGUAUAUAUAAUUAUUUCCCAGAAUGCAGUGCAGCCCUCGGCAUACAAGAUCGCCGAAUCACUGACUUACGUGAACGCAAUGGCAAAGUCUGGAAGGCUUCACCACGUGGAAACAGUUAAUGUAGACUGGGGUGCCUGGAUUGCGAAAUACACGAAUACAUCACAAUGGAUCAGUGUCGAUUUCCAAGAGUGCAUGAUUGUCCGGAAGGUGGCAUCUAAAGGAUUGGGAAGAAAACGUUGGUUUGCCAAGAGCUACACCAUCGAUUACACCAUGGAUGAAGCAAGCUGGUCAGAGUAUAGGAGCGGCGGGGUUGCAAAGGUGUUUCCGGCAAACAGCGACGAUUCUUCGCUGGUCACAUGCCCUGAUCCCCGCUGUUCGGGCUCGCUUCCUCAAGAUCAAGCCAAGAGCCUGGGUUAACCAAAUCGCCAUGAGACUGGAGUUUUACGGUUGUGUGUGUUAAUCUAUAAUCGAAGACAUUCUUGUACCUGUAUGAUAGUUUAGAGUACCCAUGUUUGUGCUAAUGUCAUCGGAGACAUCCUUGGUACCUGCAUGAGUGUUUUUGUUUGACUGAAUAGGGUUUCUUUUAAAUGAAUAUCCAUAACCCUAAAGCCUUAAUCUUUAACCCUAAAUGUACUAUUUAUACUAAGAAUCAUUUUGCACUUUGCAUGCUUGAGAAGAUAUAAACCAUAUCUAGUUAUUUGAGUAUUUGUCUUCUAAAAACUAAUUUCUUGAUGGUAUAGUUCUUGGUGCUGUAAUCCCCUUGGAAUUUAAUGCAAUCUUUAAUGUCUUUUGUCAAUCUUUAAUGUACUUGUAUAUACAUAGAAAGUCGUUAAAUAGCCUUUAAAUAAACGUCGCUAAUCCACGUGUGAUGUGAAUCUCAA